CGAACUAUAAUCAAAUCAGAACCGUCAAACUCAUAAAAGCACCAGAUCCUGAGCAGAUCAGGACCAUUCAAAAUUCCUAUGUCCACAUAAUCGUCGACAGCGAUAAGCGAAGGGACCCACUUUCAAAACCAGCAAACCUCACCUAGAAUACGAGAAUUUCCCUCCAAUGUAUAUAAAGUCGGAUUCAGGGAAAUAAAAUAAAAUAAAAUCUCUAUAAAAUCUCAUUAAGCACCUCCUUUUUCGAGAUUUGUAGGUAACUGCUUCUUUUGAUAAUCUCUCUUCACUCUAUCUAUUCUUCCCAGUGCUGGCAGGGCACUGUUUUUCUCAAGAUGACAACGCAAUCGGAAACUUCCCCUUCUGACGCUCAAGGGAUUGGGAAUGCCUUUGUGAAGCAGUUCUAUACUGUUCUUCACAAUGACCCUACACAGGCUUAUAAAUUUUAUCUGGACUUGAGCGUGCUAAGCCGCCCUGAUCCCAAUGGUGUGAUGAAGUCUGUGACUACCAUGAAAGAUAUAAAUGAGUUGAUUCUCUCAUUGGACUACCAGAGUUAUAAGGCAGAGAUAUCUUUUGCUGAUGCUCAAUUUUCAUAUGCAAAUGGUGUGUUUGUUUUAGUUACUGGCUCUUUGAUUGGAAAGGAUGAUGUGAGGAGGAAAUUUACGCAGUCAUUCUUUCUAGCUCCACAAGAGGGAGGCUAUUAUGUCUUAAACGAUGUAUUCAGGUAUGUUGAUGACAAAGAACUAGUGGGUGUGGCAAAUAACGAUGUUGAUGAGAACAUUCAGGCUGUUUUGUCCCCAGAUCCUGAGCUAACUCACAUGCCAAAGAAUGACGUGGCAAAUCAUACUGCUGCCCCAUCUGGAAAUGGCGAUAACAUUUGCAAAGAAGUCAGUUAUUCAUUGGAUAAUGGCAAGGUUUCUGUUACAGAGAAUGGCGUUGUUGCUGAACAGCUAGUACCUUCAACUGAAGAAGAUCAGAAUGACUCUCAUCCUCUGAGCCAGACUGCUUCCCCUAGAAUUCAGGAUGAUGCUCCAAAGAAGUCAUAUCUAUCAGUUGUACAUGCAUUGUCGAAGAAUUCUGCUCCAUUUAUUGUGAGAGCUCCACCUCCAAAACCUAAACAAGUGGAGCAGUCACGUAGAACUGCAGCAACUGAGGCAUCAACUCCUAAAAGCAACAAGGCCUUGGAAAGGAACAAUGACUUUUCAGGAAAGAAUACUUCCAUAUUUGUUGCAAACUUGCCUUUGAAUGCAACCGAGGAAUUGCUUAGGGAGGUUUUCCAAAAAUUUGGACCAAUUAAACCCAAUGGUAUUCAAGUCAGAAGCUUUAAGGACAACAAAAACUGCUUUGGCUUUGUAGAAUUUGAAUCUUCUACUUCUGUGCAAAGUGCUGUCAUGGCUUCUCCAAUUACCAUUGGCAACCGACAAGCUAAUAUUGAAGAAAAGCGAGGAGCCAAUAAUGGUGGGAAACCGGGUAGGGGUGGUUAUAGAGAUGAAAAUGGUUACCGACAUGACAACUUCAGGGGCCGUGGGAACUUCACUCGGGGCAGUAAUGGGCGAAAUGGAGAUUCUAACUAGAAAAUUUAUCAAAAUGGUGGACAAAGAGUUGCUGUUCGCCAUGAUGGGCGUGAAAGUUAAAAGGUCUUUACUUUUUAGCACCAAAAAGGAAAAAACAAGAAAAAAGUAGUCUUUACUUUUUAUUUCUACUUUUAAAGUCUAUAGAGUUAUUAAAAACUUGUCUUAGGUAGGCAGAUGGUGGCUUUUUGAGUUUUGGUUUUUGGAAAAGAAUAAUCUGUGGAAUUAUUAUUCCUUUUUCUUUAUCUGAGUUUACUUUGAUAAGAUUAUCUUGGAAAGUUGGUUUUUCCUA